AUGGUGAAAAUAAGCCCCCAAUACAAAAUAGAGGUUAGUCUUCUAGAGAUGGCAGAUUUGGAAGAGGCCGAGGCAGAGGAAGAAACUCAUGAGGAAGAGGCGCAUAUGGCGGUAGGUGGCAUGAUGGAGCAUCAAACAAGUGGUGCCAAAUUUGUAAGAGUAACACUCAUGACGAGAAGGAUUGCUGGAACAAAGGCAAACCGCAAUGCCACAAUUGCAAGAGAUUCGGGUAAAGAUGUUUGGUAUUUGGACAGCAGCUAUAGCAACCAUAUGACCAGAGAGAUGGAAGCAUUUAUAAACAUUGAUUCUUCAUUCGGCUCAAAAGUUAAAUUGGACAAUGGAGAACAUGUCGAAGUGAAAGGGAAAGGAAGCAUUGGAGUCACCAUGAAGCAAGGAAACAAAUUCAUACAUGACACGCUUUAUGUGCCGAAAUUAGAUGAAAAUUUGCUUAGCAGUGGACAACUUCUGAAGCACAACUAUUCUUUAAACUUUAAGAAUAAAGAAUGCAUAAUUAUUGACUCAGAAAUAAGAAGUGUUUCCGUUGUGAAAAUAACUAGCAACAAGAGUUUUCCACUAUCUUUCAACUAUGAGAAAAUGUAA